AUGGACGACAAAGAGGCGGCCAAGACGAAACUCCUGAUCGCGACGCUGCAAAAGUACGGCUACGACUUGGAAGACCCGACGCGCACGAGCUCUGCCACGAGCGACGACUCGGGCACCAAUAGCCUCAACGAGUGGAGUCCCGACGACGACGCAGACGCUGCCGCGCGGCGCGUGAGCGUCACGACGUCGGCCGGCGUGUUGGCCCUGCGCGACCGCAAGAACCAGCAGAGCGCGCUGCACAUUGCCGCCAAGAAGGGCCACGUUGACGUGCUGCGGGCGCUGGCGAAGCUCCCGCGCCUGGCAGAGCACGUGAACGCCGGCGACCGGCACUCGAACACGGCGCUGCACUUUGCCGCCAGCAGCACGCGGGCGAACGCGCCGGCGCUCGUGGAGCUGCUGCUGAACUUGGGGGCGAACCCCGCGGCAGUGAACGUGCGCGGGCAGACGCCGCUGGCGGUCCACAUCAUGACGGCCAAACCCGAGACGCCUGUGACCAUCACGAGGCUCAUAAUCCACAAGUUUCGGCAGCUCAAGACCGCGCCGGCCAACGGGUCGACGACGUCGUCGCCGUCGUCGCCGACCGAUCGGCGGGCGCUCGCGCCCUGUGCUGCGCUGAACGAGCUCGUGAACGGCACCACGUACCUGCACAUGGCCGUGGACCGCCAGUUGGGCGACAUUGGCGGCGCGUUGGUGCAGGGCGGCGCGUCGAUCAACGUGCCGGACCAGAACGGCGUCAUGGUGAGCGACACGAUCCCCAAGAAGCUGCUCGUGAAGCUCAUUACGUUCAUGGCCGAGGGCUCGCAAGUGGCGCCGUCGGACAUUGUGCGGGGCAGCUGCAAGCUCUGUCGCAACCCCAAGAGUUUGUUGGACCCGCUGCGGGACUGCGUCUUGUGCGGCCGCGCCGUGUGCAAGAACUGCUCGGAGAAGGCGUCCGAGAUCCGCAAAUCCACGUCGGACGGCAGCCACACGGCGCUCAAGGACAAGGACGAAGGCCGGUUCUGUGCCGUGUGCUGCACCGUCAAGAUCCUGAAAAGUAAAAAGCACAAUGAGCGCGAAAACUUUAACAAGAAGCUCAUGGGCUGCAGCAUGAAAUAG